AAAUAAAUUAGAAUUAAAAUAAAUAAAGCAGUACCAAGUACUGGUACCCGUACCGUAAAUUAUUCGCACGAUGCAAAUAUCACGUCCUAUUGUGAUUCGUCUUCGACGAUAAUGAAGUCGAUCGCUGAUUGUCUCCACCUAUACCGGUAUAUUAGAAGUAUGAUGUUUAUUCUUCAGCUUCGAAGCAUUGUUUUCAUUCUGGGGCUGAUACGUUCUAGUGCUUACUCAACAAACUUCAGUCACAAAAUUUCCUUCAAUAUGGUGGAAGGACAUUCAGUGCAYCGSGUUGCAUCUCUUCAUCGCAAACGAUUAGUAGGGAAAUCAUUUUUCGCUUGGAGUCCAAACGGUCGAUUCUCGGAGGGUGCUGAAGCGAUCAAYGGAAGGGUAUUUUCCAGGAUUGAAGCAGUCGGCAAGAACUUGUUUGCCUUCUUUGACAAUGCCAGCGAAGAUAAGAACGAAAGGGAAAAAGAAACUGUUGUCAUGCAUGUGCACUUUGGAAUGGCAGGAAAUUGGGCAGUUUACAUGAACGAAGAUGCCCCAGAACCAACAAAAACCAACAGACUGAGACUGGAAUACCCUGGAAUUAUCGCCGAUUUGAGUGCKAUGACGGUUCAACACGGAGGAAUGGAAUUAUAUACCGAAAAACGAUCAAAACUGGGCGAAGAUCCUCUUCGCGAAGAUGCCGAUCCUGAACGCCUUUGGAGUCGAGUUCAAAAGUCAAAAAAGUCAAUUGGUGCCCUAAUCAUGGAUCAGUCUUUUUUCACGGGACCGGGAAAUAUUUACCGAGCCGAAAUAUGUUUCAAGGCUGGAAUCCAUCCAAAUCGAAUAGGUAGUAACCUGCAACGGGAAGAAUUCGAUAGGGUGUGGUUUCAUACGAAAGAUCUCUUAGAACGUGGUUACUCAACUGGAUCUAUUCUGACCGUCGAYCCAGAGGAGGCGAGAGAUCUCGGAAAGCCUAGAAUGAGAAGAUACAUCUAUAAUACGGCGAAAUGUCCUCGUUGUUCAACAUCCAUCAAGUCUUGGCAGAUUGCUUCGAGAACGUGUUAUGCUUGUCCAAAGUGUCAGCCGUUGAAUCCGAAUCAUUUGGAAUCAGCUUCAACUCUCGCUUUUGUAUCGCCUCAAAAAGACACGGUCCCAUUUAACUCUCACUGCGCUCGUGAAUCCGUAGAAACUCGUCUCUCUGAAAGUGGGCCAUCGAGGUUGACGAUCAAAGAGCUUAAGGCACAACUUACGAAGAGGGAUAUAAAGUUUUCAACGAACGCGAGGAAAGGAACCCUCGUGGAGCUUUUAUUGUCGCAGAUAAAACCAGCUAUUGUUACACCACAAAAAAAUGCGCAGAGAGAUCCAUCAAAACUAACAGUGAAAAURAUCAAAGCUGAGCUUACGGAGAUGAAUGUAACCUUUCCAUCUAAUGCAAAGAAGGCAACUCUUGUCGAACUCCUGUUGUCAUCAGAAAGAGAWGAGAAGACAGACGUUGACGCGAAAACCGUUCUAUUUGUGUCUUCCGAAAAUGCAGCUGYUGAGAAAGCCGCGGCAGGUGAAAGUCUUGCAGUCGAGCAUAUUGCUGAACUCGCUCCAGGUCAGGCACGAAAAGCUAGAGCUAGAAUUUCGAAGAAGAGAGCAAAGAAAGACGAAGCAGCUACACCAAAUAUUGUACCAUCAGAUAUGACGAUCAAUGAUUCGAGAACUCGUAUAUCGAAACGAGGAAGAAGAAYGAAGCGGUAAAUUGCUAGUACCACAACGUACAAGCGUUCUGGAUAUGGUUCAGU